AUGCCUCCACCCCAAAUAAGUAUCAUAGGCGCAGGCAUAGCCGCCCUCACCCUCGGCCGCAGUCUAGCCCGGCACAGCAUCCCCUACACCAUCUUCGAACGCGACAGUGCCGAGACAGCUCGCCGGAGGCAUCGCUAUGGCAUUACCCUGGAACCGCAAGCCUACAGACCACUACUCGACUAUCUCGAUCUCGAUGCUAAGGCCUUUCGGGAUCGGUUGGCCGUAGAUGGCGGUGUGGGUGGGACGGGGUAUCAAGGUGGCAAUACCGCCUCCUCUCCAGCUUCUGCUAUGCAAGCGUUCCGAGCGAACAGGCAGAAACUUGAGGCUCUGCUUUCCCAAGAUCUGCAUGUCCGGUACGAGCACGUCCUCUCGAGUCUCGCCCGCUCUGGUGACACGACCACCCUUACCUUCGCCAACGGCCAAGAAGUCAAAGCAAAUCUCGUGAUAGCGGCCGAUGGCGUGCACUCCUCCGUCCGCAACCUCCUGUCCAUGAAAGCCGAAUUGAAGACCCUCCCUUACGCCGUCUACCGCGGAAAGCGCCUGAUAAAAGCUGCAGAGGAUGCUGCUCAAGCUUACCAGUUAUUAUUCCACGCCGUGCAGAAAGAAGGGGGGAUAGUCCUGCAGCAUCGCCAAGGCCAAACACUCCUACAAAUCCAAAUCGAUGAUCUCACGGCUGAGCAGGCGGAUGUGACAUACACCUACUCCCGCCCUGGAGGUCGCGAACCACAAGAUCCACUCUUCAAACCCUCGCGAUCCAAAUCCGACGCCAGAGAAACACCCACCGCCCUUUUUGACGAAGUCGCGCAGCUUUCUAGCCUACCAGAUAUCUUCGCCGAAGUGUUCGAUGCGGAGAAGAUGCGUAAAGAUCGCCUUCUAAACUGGCUUAUGCGGUCCCUGCCACCACCAACCGAAGCCGAGAUGACGAGAGCAGUGCAGGAGAAUGGAGUGGUCUUACUGGGGGACAGUGCGCAUGCUAUGCCGAUCCUAGGCAGUUAUGGGGCGAAUGCUGCUAUUGAAGACGCUGUGGCGUUGGGAGAGUGUAUUGCUGAUGAAGAGUUGAAGGGUGGAGAAGAUUGGUAG